AUGCAGACCCUGAUGAGUACUGAUAUUGUUCAAUACGAUCAUUCGAAGGAGAUCUUCUCAAAAGAAGCAUUGAAGUUGUUUCUAGCCGUUUCUUUGCCCAUGAUGUUGUUCACGUUCUUGGCCUGGUAUGCGGUCUACUGGUGUGUCAACCAUAGGGAGAAGGUGGCCAAGUUCAAGCAGCAACUGCGCAUGAAGUCGGAAGCGGCAGUCUAGGAAGGGCUUGACGAAACACGUGUUUCGUUCGGGGCCGGGCUCAUCAUACUUUGAACGUUCCCGCGCCUAUCUGACGAGCAAUAUAUAAAUCUUGUUAUCUCUUGCAGCUUUGACAGCCCGCUGGAUCGGAAAGCGUAAC